GGGUGUGUGUCCUCAGGGUGGAGAGGUGCAGGGAGGGGUCUGGGACAGAGACAGACAUGAGGACAGGAUGGGGUCAGAAAAGACAACUCAGACCCCACCCCCACCCCAUCCCCCCGUGCUGCUGACCACGUCCCCAUGUGCCACAUCUCUGCAGUUCUCAGCCCCUCCGGGUACAGUGACCCCCACACACACCCCCUUGGCAGCUGUGCCAGCACCUCACCUCUCAGUGCUCCUACAUCCAACCCAGACAGAGCGGGGACAGAGAUGGGAACAGUGGCUGUGGGGUGGGGGGCACGGCAGAGGCAGAGAGGAUGGGUGAGGGGACGUGGGGAGGAAAGAGAGCUGGUGUGAACAGGAAGGGGACAGCGGCAGUGAGGACAGGAUGGGGACAUGUGUGGGCAGUGGCUGUGGCCAAGCAGAACACACAAGCAGGACAGAGGGCGUCCCAGCGUCCCCAUCAACAGCAACGGGGCCGUGGUGGCACUGGGGGACCUCGGGAAGAGCCACGUGCCCGGCCAUCAUCCCCCAGAGCCUCGUGGUGACCCCAGUGCUGCUCCCAGCAGUGGGAGCCCUGCGGGUGAGCCAGGAGCCGGCCGAGCUGCAGGUGACAGCGGGAACCAACGUGUCCCUGCGGUGCCAGCUGGUGACAGCAGAGCCGUGGUCCAUGGCCCGCAUCACAUGGCUGAAGGACGGGGAGCACGAGGUGCUGUGCAGCACCCGCCUGCAUCCCAAAGCCGCUGUCUUGCCCUGUGCCACCCCCCGCCUCCACCUCGCAUGGAGCCCACCCCACGCCAAGCUCAGCCUCCAUGGGGCACAGGAGGGCGAUGCAGGAUGCUAUGUCUGCUGCUUCACCAUUGAGAAGCCCUACCUCAACACCACCACUGGGAAUGGCACGCUGCUCCACGUCAGCGCAGGAGCUGAUGGAGUGCACGGGGCAGAGCUGGUGUGGAAGCUGUGGGGGGCUGCGGGGGGCACCUUGCUGCUCAUCGGGCUGAUCUCCCUCGGCUGCUGGUGCUGCAGGAGGAAGGCAGACACCUCAGACAUCUAUGUGAACAUCAUGCCCCGCCAGACCCCGAGGAACAAGAGCCCCCAGGGAGCAGCUGCUGGAGGACAGCGCGUACAAGGGGGGCUGGACCGAGCGUGGAAUCCCCCCAGCCCUAAGAGGUGGCCCCCCCGUGCCCCACAGCCCCCAGUAUCAGCAAGGAUAGGGUGUGAGUGAUGCGCUCUGCUCUGCUUCACACAGGAAGAGCCCCCACUGGGUUGCAGCAUCCUGCCACCUCGCUUCCUGUCUUCUUGUGGCGCCUUCCUGCCCCCCUGCAUCCACCCCUGGGGGCAACCGCUGUCCCUGGGACCCUGAGCAGGGGCAGCCCUGGGGCUGGGGGGCACAGCACGGCCCCAUGGCCCCCUGAGUUACAGUGAAGCUGCCGUGCCGUCCUGUGUCCUCAUUUCCCUUUACACGCAGUGCCUGCAGAAGGGCUCAGCCCGAUCCUGGGGGGCACUGCUGUCAGCCCCCCUGCAGAGCAUGGGGCAGUGGGGGGCCAAGGGUGGUUCUAACCCCAGU